AUUUAUAUACGCAGACAAAUGCUACAAGUAGUUUGUUUUGCGAACCAAUAAACUCCAGAAAAUCAAUCAUCCUUCGUGUUUACGCACAUCUUUGGAUCUUCAAUCGCCAUUGAAAGCAAGCGGCGCCGACUCUGUAGCUCCCCAAAUACACGGGAUAUAUAAAUUUUACGAUCUAAUGUGUUGGUUUGGCUCGAAAUAGUGGAGAUGGGAGGUUCAAUGAUGGAGAGGUAUCAAAAACUAGGGUUAAAGGAGUCGUUGAAUCAACCCUAUCGUUACCCAAUUGCUUGUGAUGAGCUAAGCCUUAUUCUAAGAAAUGCAUAUUCCAGAAUUCCCAAAAAUUUGCAAUCUCUCAUCUUCCAAGACUCCCUCGCCGCCUUUGGUCUCCUCCCUGAAAUGCAGACACAAGCGGCUAUAUCAGCAGCACAUGGCUUGCUUCAAAGCAUGGAAGCUGCAUUACCAAAACAAAAGAAAGCCUUAGCUGCAUCUGAAUUCAAACAGGCUAUGGUUACUCAUAGGAGGCGUAGGAAGGUCCGACCAGUGUUAGAAGGUAGGAGCCAACUUCCUGAGGAUGUUCUUGUACACGUAUUUGGUUUCUUAGACUUGAAGUCUCUUGUUACUGCUUCUUCAGUCUGCAGGUCAUGGAGUGUGGCAGCUAGUGACAAUCAUCUCUGGCAGUCUAUACAUAUUAGCUUUUUUGGGAAGUCAAGUGACAUCCCAAACAUUAUCAGGUUUACUAACGGUGUGGAGAGAAUUUCUUUUACUCCGGGAAAUACCGCUGCAGAUAAUGUUGACUGGAAAGAUGCUUUCAAGCGAGGUUAUAGAGGUAUUUCAAACAAGGUAUCAUCCCAGAGGGGCUUUUGCAAGCAGUGCAAUUCAAUUGUUUGGUUGAGUAAUUCCAAGUGUUCCAAUGAAUACGAUGGGAAAAUUUCUGAUGAACAUCAGAUCAUGCCUGUGUCACUUGAACAGAUUGUUGACUAUGUAAUAGAGGAGUCCAUACCUUCCUCGGAUAGUGAUAGUGAUUCAGAUGACUCAGUUGAUGGAUCAGUCUUCAAGCUGUGGGCCUAUCCCAGGCGAGUUAGUGAGCCACAUGCAUGAUGUGGAAGCAUAUGGAAGAUCCUUGUUAAUAUAUCAAAACAUACUGCGAUUCCUUUGCUGGGGAUUGAAAAAAUGAUGUGAAGGAUUGUAACUAAUAUCAACAUGAAAAUAGCACAUUUUGAGAAUUUGUUGCAUCAAUCAAAUGUAACAAUUAAUUAGUCUUGCAUGUUGUUUCGUCA